AUGAUGGAAAGAAUAAGAAAAGAGAUGAUUCUGAUGGAAAGAGGGCUGCACAGUCCUACAGCUGGCAAAAGGCUCGCGAAUUUGUCAGACUCAGCUGGAAAUGCGGUGCUGGAGGCCCUUGAAAAUUCUCAACACAGUGGUCGCCUCAGCCCUAGACUAACUUCCGCCUCUCUGCAUAGCACUAUAGGGGACAUCCCUGCCAAAGGCAAAUUUGAAAUAGACACUUUAUUCAAUCUUCAGCAUCAGAACACAGAGAGCAGCGUCUCCUCCGAAAUCCCUUCGUCUGAGAGCAGGAAGAAAAUUAGCCAUUAUUCAGAAGUUGCUCAAGAGGCAGAUAUGAACAGUGAUGUGGAGGUGGGCUGUUCAGCUCUCCGCUCCCCAACCAGCCUGAGUUCCUCCCAGCUGAAGGAAAACAAUAACAAAGGCUAUUCAGAGAGCAGCUCGGCUCCCAGUACCACCACCGCCUCCUCCUCCUCCUCCUCCUCCUCCUCCUCCUCCGGCUCCAGCAUAACCAACCUGCACAGCAGCAACGCACUGGGCAGCUCAGGCUCGGGGGCAGACCAGGUGAGGAGGUACCGCACCGCCUUCACGCGGGAGCAGAUCGCGCGGCUGGAGAAGGAGUUCUACCGGGAGAACUAUGUGUCUCGGCCCCGGCGCUGCGAGCUGGCGGCCGCGCUCAACCUCCCCGAGACCACCAUCAAGCUCUUUGCUGAAGAACAAGAGAGACUACUACAGGUCAAUCGCAUCUUACGCGGGGGUUAUGUUCUAAAGGCAGCGCGUAAGGCGAAAAUCGCGUAUAGUAAAAUCGCGUAUUACCAUGCCAGCGGUGACUGUACCUUUUCUGUGUGCAAAUGA